AAAUGUAUCCCCAGAUGCUCAUCCUCUGUGUCAGGCAAGUGCAGUAUGUGAUGGAUCUGCGCUUGCCAGGGACCUACAGGGCCAGCAAGACAUCCAGCCCCGAGGAGGGAUCCAGCUGCCUCAGCCCCCUAAGCACGUCAGUGGAGGCUGUGAAGACUCUUUUCUCCAUGCCCAGAUACUGGAAGGAAUUUGCCGGCAUCCAGUUACAGCAGGGUUGGGACAUGAUAUCCUCCCGAUAUUACUACUCGCAGGGUGUUGGCCUGAUUGCAAGAGCCAUGAUCGAGUUUGAGAACCCUCAGCUCCCUGCAGUUUUCAGAGAGGCCGUCAACAUUGUCCAGAGUGAGAAGGAGGAUGAGCAGAGAAAUAUCACCAUGACUUUCUGCACUGAGUUGAGAUUCAUUAAUUGACAGGCACAAGUGGGCUUUCUGCAGAGCAGCUCAGGCCAGUAGGCUCUGGGGCACAUUGUCAGGAGCUCAGCAGCCU